UCCUGGCGCUGAGGCGGAAGCAGGCAGCGAGCUGCAGCGCAGGGUGGAGCAUGAUGGCCGCCUCCAGUCGCUCUCAGGUGAUUUCUCUGUACAAGGCGAUGGUGAAGGCGAGCAGCAGGUUCCCCUCCUACAACUACAGGACGUACGCGCUGCGGCGUGUCCGCGACGCCUUCAGGGCCAACGGGAAGGUGGAGGACCCCAGAGCGGUGGAGAAGCUGCUGGAGGAGGGGCAGCAGAUGCUGGCGCUGAUUCAGAGACAGGUCUCCAUCGGCCAGAUGUACGGGGCUCAGAGGACGGUGGUGGAGUAACGGACCGCUGCCCUGACGACCAACGCCAGCUGAAAGGCAUUCUGGGAGAUGUAGGACAGAGUGAAGCGGGACACUUCCUGGAUGCAGUCAGAGAUGCACCGAUUAUCUAGCCUAGACCAGUCAGACGUCUUCUUCUUUGCUCUGGAAGAAUCAGAAAACCUAAAAUAUGCCGUUUACUUUCCUUUAAAGCUGAAAAGAUCAAUUGUUCAGAUUUUAGAAGCAGAAAGCUCUGACCUGGUGCAGCAUGAGGUAAAAAGCUAAAAACUGCUGCACAUGCUCAGUGAGGCGUGCAGACUGAAGAUUUAUCCAGAGCACCAAUCAGGUGAUGAGGCUGGGAUCAUUGAACUGUGCAGCUUCUCAGCUGUGAAUGUGACUUUUCUUUGUUUAUGUAAAUGUGUGAAGCGCCAACAGAAGCUGAGACCUGAGGAGGAGCAGAAGUCUCCAGAUGUGGUCUCCAGCAGCUUUAACUGAACAGAUGUAGAAACAUCUGCACUGGGAGCUGAUCGGUGCAUUCCUGAUUAACUUUAGUUUUCUAACGCACAGUCGGUCCAUCCUGCAGGAGGCGAGGAGCCUCAGAGCAAAGCAGCUUCAGUCGACCCUUUAUUGACCUCUGACAUGUUUUUUAUUUUAUUAUUCUCCUCUGAGAACAUUAACCUCUUUGCUUUGUGUGGAUUUGUCUGAUCAGAGGAUAAACUGAUCAAAUCUGAUGGACUGUUAUGGUGGACAGGCUCCGCCCCCUUUCCUCUCUGCUGUGCUUCAGGCUGUUAAGCCCCUCCCUCAGAGAGUCGCCAUGGCAACAGAUCACGCAGAUCCUCACUAGGAAGAGUCAUUAUUACCUAUAUCCUGGUUUAUAUCCUGGGAGGAAGUCCAUGAGCGACCAAAGUAUCACCUCCACCUGUCCUGAGCUCAGUCCUCCUGUCAGACGCUGAAAUAAAAUAAAAUAAAAUCGUCUUUAACGUGU